AUGGCUUCUGUGAAAGUCAUUCCCAAUGCACCCCCACACCUCGUCGAGCCAACCGAAAUCUACGGCGUCGAGGGACCCAUCACUCUCCGCAUCGCUACCGGCGGAGCAGGUCAAUCCGGUCUGCUCAGAACCCUGGCUGAAGCAUUCAUCAAUGACUUCUCUCAGCAGUAUUCCUCCGCACCAGAGUCGGAGAGGCCUCCCGGCUGUGUAAUCCCCUUCCGAGCCUGCUGGAUCGCUUCGGACACUUCGGCUUCGUUCAACAAUCUCGCGUUGAAUGCAGCGGAUGUCAGUAUCACGUAUCAUGCUACUGCGGAGAAGAUUGCGAUGGGGCAGGGCGUGGCUGAUCGUCGGGAGAAUGCUUGGAGGGAUCAUUUUAUGCUUGUAGGCCCGAAAUCAAACCCCGCAAAGCUGCCUGUGGGAAGCCAGCAAACAGUCUACGACCUGUUCGCACAGAUAUUUUGCGCCGCCAUUGAGACAGCCAACAGCAAGCAUCCUGUUCGAUACCUCUCUCGUUUCGACAAAUCAGCAAGCAACAUCUGCGAAUCCAAAAUCUGGAUCACGAUAGGCCAAGCCCCUUGGUCCCACCCCUACUCAACCUGGUACCACCAGUACAUCGAUUUCCCUUUUCAAUCCCUCAGGAUAGCCAGCAAACUAGCUGAAUACACCCUCGUCGAUCGAGGAACGUGGUACUCCAUCGAGGAAGACGUGACGGACAGCCUUGAGAUAUUCGCCGAGGGAACAGACGAUGAAGAUGAUCCGCUACUCAACUCGGCGCAUGCACUCGUCGGCGCUUUCGGAGCCAACAAGGCAAUGGCAACUGCGUUUGUGGACUGGUUGAUCAAGCCCGACGGUGGACAGAAGAUCAUCAAGGAGUUUGCUGUCAAGGGGCAUGUGCUGUACACGACUGCUCCAGAGAGAUCGGAGGCAUGA